AUGGAUACAAGCAAAUCUAUCCUUUCAGAUUUCGACGUGAAUGCGGUUCUUAGGGAGGCAACGGUUGCCGAGAAAGUGGGUCUCAUUUCAGGGAAGGACGCAUGGCACACCUAUGAUAUUCCCCGAUUGGGCGUGCCAUCGAUUCGCUUCACUGAUGGUCCAAAUGGAGCGCGAGGCACAAGAUUCACCGCAGGUGUCCGUGCAGCUUGUUUGCCCUGUGGUACCGCUCUUGCGGCGACAUGGAAUCAGACGCUUAUUCAGGAAGGCGGAAUACUCAUUGGAAUGGAAGUCAAAGCUAAAGGUGCACGAGUCUGGUUGGGCCCUACCGUCAACAUCCAGCGCUCGCCUCUUGGGGGUCGAAACUUUGAGUCGUUCGCCGAGGACCCAUUCUUAUCGGGCAAGAUAGCUGGUAGCUACAUCUCUGGCGCUCAAUCAACCGGUAUCUUGUCAACCCUGAAGCAUUUUGUCGCGAAUGACCAGGAACACGAGAGAAUGGCGGUUGACAUCGCCCUGAAAGAGGGCCAGCCGGGAGGCAUCAUGGCUUCUUAUAACAAAGUGAAUGGGCUACAUGUAUCCGAGAGCCCUGCGCUGCUAGAAGACCUGCUGCGGCGAGAAUGGGGGUUUGAGGGAAUGAUCAUGAGUGACUGGUACGGCACGUAUUCGACAGUCGAGGCUAUGAAUGCGGGUCUGGACCUGGAGAUGCCGGGGCCCCCAAGGCUGCGAGGCAUUCUAGCUGAUCUAGCUGUCUCAUCUCGCAAAGUCUCACACGCGACACUGAAUGCUCGAGCGCGCAAUGUACUGAAUCUUGUCAAGAGGUGUGCCAAGAUCGAUGGUGUUUCAUCCAUCGAAUGUACACGAGACACUGCUGAGGACCGAGCUACCAACCGUCGGCUCGCCGGCGAAAGCAUCGUGCUUUUGAAGAAUGAGUGCGGAAUUCUGCCGAUUCCGUCUGACGAGGUUGAAGAAAUAGCCCUCAUUGGACCCAAUUUAAAGAAUGGAGCAUACUGCGGUGGAGGCAGUGCUCAGCUUGACUCCUAUUAUGUCGUUACAAACUACCAAGGCAUCGUUGACCGACUCACGAAUAAUGGAGAGCGCAAGGAUGUCAAAAUAAAUUACGAGAUUGGCGUUCAUUCCUGGGGCUUCCUCCCGUUACUCGGCUCACAAAUCACAUCGCCUGACGGUCGAGUGGGAAUGCUUCGUAUUCGUUUCUAUUCCGAGCCGCCGUCAAACCAGAACCGCGAGGUUGUCGAUAUCAUGGAUAUCACAGACUCGACCUGGCAACUUAUGGGAUAUUCUCAUCCAAAGUUAGGACCGCAAUUUUGGGCUGACGUCGAAGGUACAUUCUCUGCUACCGAAACUGGCGAAUAUGAAUGGGGCAUUGCUUGCUGCGGCACAGCCAGUCUUUUCAUUGACGAAAAAUUGAUCAUUGAUAACACCACCAUUCAGAAGCCGGGUAAUUCCUUCUUUGGAAGGGGGACAACGGAGAAGAAGGCUGUGAUGCACAUUGAAGGAGGUCAAAGUUACCAAAUAAAGCUUCAAUUUGGCAGCCUUCCAACCUCCAAGAUUUACAAGGAAGGGGUGGUAGCCUACGGUGCCGGAGCUGGUCGCAUUGGCGUUUGGCCAGUCUCAGAUCCAGACAAAGCUAUCGCUCGUGCAGCUUCACUUGCUAGAAAGUGCAAAUACACCAUAGUGUGUGUUGGACUUGAUAAAGAGUUAGAGAGCGAAGGCUAUGACAGACCGACUAUGGAUUUGCCUGAGCCGACCGGUCGCUUGAUUGCCGCGGUGCUGGAUGCUAACCCCGAUGCAAUCAUUGUCACGCAGUCUGGUGCGCCGAUUAACAUGCAGCCUUGGGUCUCGCGGACAACGACUCAGGCUCACAUGUGGUACGGUGGCAAUGAAAUGGGCAAUGGUUUGGCAGAUGUUCUAUUUGGAGAUAUCAAUCCCAGUGGCAGGCUUCCUCUUACUUUCCCCAAUGCUAUCGAAGACACUCCAGCUUUUCUAAACUUUGAAAGCGAGCGCGGACGCACUGUCUACGGCGAGGGAGUAUACGUUGGCUAUCGCUAUUAUGAAAAGUUAAAGAAGAGUGUUACAUUCCCAUUUGGGCAUGGGUUAUCCUAUACAGAAUUUGCAUUUUCGGAUCUCUCUGUAUCACAAAAGUCAGUGAGUCUCCGUGUACAAAAUUUUGGGUCUAUUGCAGGAGCCACAGUGGCACAAGUUUAUAUAUCUCCUUCCCCAACAAAUACCAUUUCACGGCCAGUGAAGGAGCUCAAGGGCUUUUCCAAGGUCUUUCUUCAACCGGGCGAGUCCCAGAAGGUUGUCAUUCCGCUUGAUAAUCUGUCAACUUCAUUCUGGGAUGAGACUUUGGGCUCAUGGCUGAGUGAGAAGGGCACUUAUGGGGUUCAUGUGGGCCAAAGUAGUGCGGAUAUUGUCUUGUCUGGAUCCUUCGAGGUCAAGGAAACAACUACUUGGACCGGUCUUGAUAUCUAG